AUUAACGACAAAAUUAUGGAUUGCUUUAAACUUGCUGAAAAAUUUGCAGAAGGCUCCUAUGGAGCGGUCUACUUCUGAUCUCUGGACAGAAGGAAGAGAUCAGUAAAGGAACUCCCCAGAGACACUUUGCAAGAAAUUCUUGAGUGUAAGAACCUUGUGUGUAAGAAAAUCACUCCUGAUGAAGAUGAUGAUGAGGCUGGAGAUUACAUUCAGCAGGAGAUUGAUAUUAUGAAGAAGGUUAAUCAUAAAAACAUCCUAAAGUUGUUCCACUCCUUUAAGGAAGAUAAAACAUCAUACCUAGUCCUUAAGCUGUGAAACGGAGGGUGCCUCACAGAUCUAAGAAAAUAAGAGAGAAUCUAUAUUCAACGAGAAGUUUGUCAGGCAGAUUGCCUUUGAGAUUGCUGAAGGUCUCUGAUACCUAAAUGACAAUAAUAUUAUGCAUAGGGAUAUGAAGCUAGACAAUAUUUUUAUCAAUUUUCCUGGGUACAAGAAGAAAGGAAUAGUCCCUGACUCCUUUAUUGACAAGUUUGAUCCCCAAAAUGACCCAAUUGAGAUAAUUAUUGGAGAUUUAGGGCUUGCUAAAGAAAAUAAUAAACUUAUGAAAAAGGGAACUAUAUGUGGAACCCCAGAUACUAUGGCACCAGAGAUUGUUAGAAUGGACGAAUAUGAUGGCAAAUGUGAUAUUUGGUCAUUUGGAGCUAUUGUUUAUGAGCUACUUUAUGGGUUUUCUCCUUUUAAAGGGAAAACUUGGAAGGAAAUAAUCAACCCUGCCAAUUUUUCGAAACUAAGGAUUCCUAAAAAUAUUCCUUAUUCUUUAAAUUCAAAGGCAUUGCUAAAUGAUACAUUGAAACUCGACCCUAAGGAAAGGAUUACUUAUCAUGAGUUACUAAAGCAUCCCUUUUUCACUGAAGAAAUUAAAUGUGAUUUCCAAUACCCAACUCCAAAGAAAGGGCGGCCUUCCAGUUUAAAUGACCUUGACGAUAACAACUCGAUUCUAUUUACACCAGGGAGUAGUGUUCCAUACAAUAAGUAUUCUCAAAGAGUAAAGAGCAUAUUAGAAAUAAACUCAAAGAAAGUCAAGAAAGAUUAUUCUGGAAAAGAGAUAUUUAAAAAGAAAAGUAGAGCAAGACAGAAUCAGAUAGAGAUAGUUAAGGAUAACGCAAGCUCUGAGAGAGGUUUUUCUAGCCUAGACUCCUCUCUUCUCAGCAAUUCUGUGGUCGGACUUGGUAUCAAUAACUUAGAAGUUCCUGCUAGUUUUAUGAAAGGAGUGCAUAUCUCUGAAGAUGAGGUCUUACCUAACUCCUUUGUAGAGAAAUUUGAAGGAAUUAAUACAAUAAAAUAAAGCAGAUAGAAAAGAACUUGAAAAGGCCAUUGAGGAAGGAAUGGACUCUCAGAAAAUUAAGACUAUCAAAGCUGCAGCACUACUUAAAUAAGAUCAAAGUUCCUGUAUUUUCACAAGAGAAUAGUCUGAAUAAGAACAGUCUGGGAUCUUUGGACAAGUCUAGCAGUAGUAUUUCUGGGUUUUCUAACCUGCAAGAUAAGUUAAAGGAUUCCUUCCGGAUGAGCAGCAUGAGUAGUCUUCAACCAAUCAGUGAGACUGAUGAUGAAAACCAAACCUCCCGCCUAGAAGGAGAAAAAUAUCAUGAAUAUCACAUGAGGAAAGCUUUGCAAGAAUUUGAAGGUCAAACCGUAAAAAGACCAAAACAUUCUGAUGAAGCUGAAGGCGAAGACUACUGAGAAGAUCAAGGAGAGGAUGAUUACGAGAGCUAUGGCGAGAAUGAUGGAGAAGACCAAGGAGAAGAUUUUGAUGAAGAAAACCAAGAAGAAGAUUUUGAUGAAGACUGUGGAGAAGAGAAUGAUUAA